AAGUUGGGUCAUUAUUACGGUCCUGGGCGAUUCUGGAGUGUUUAUCUCCUUUGGAAGCCUAAGAAGUGCGGCACGGAAGAGGGGGAAGGAAGGAAGGGAGGAAGCCCGUGGCCAGCAGCAGACCAGCAUCGAUGGAGACCGGAGCUGCGAACGAGACAGUGCUGUCCGCUGAUUACCUGGAGGAUUUUCUGUUGGAGUUUGACCAAGUGGUCCAGGACUUUGAGAAGGGCCAGCCUUCUCAGUAUGAGCAGUAUCUGGAGGCGCUCAAGAGGAAGACCUCCGCCAGCAUGUACGACAGUGGGAUCGAUGACUCAGAAAGCAACGGCGCGUCUCUGGGCAGUAGCCUGAACACCAGUGAGGAAGACCUCAACACGCCACCCCCUGCAACGGCUUCCUGCUCCAGAGCCAAGCUGGGAGACACCCAGGAGUUGGAGGAAUUCAUUGCCGACCUGGACAAGGCGCUGGCAGAGAUGUGAGCCACUCUGUUCUCCUCUGCUCCAGAUCGGUGUCCAGACUGAAGGACCACCCGGGCUGCUGCUGCACCUCUUACCAUCCCACCCUACGGCCUGGCCAGGCCAGCCUCAGCCAACGUCAGACCCACCCCAGCCCAUCUGAGGCCACACACACCCCCGGCCGUUCUGGAUUCUACAGCAUGUAUGGAUCGCAGACGGUGCUUUCACUGGGCAGCCAGAGGUCAAGGCUUGCGCCUGCCCAGGGUGGGCUUUGGAUCCUCACCACUGACCUCUGUGAAAGCAAGAAGCGAGUGGGAUCCUUCUCGGGACCUUCCGUGGCCUGCGCUCUUAAUUCCACCUGGUUGUUCUCGGGACUCUUGUGACAAUCCUUAAAAAGCACCAACUUCUAAAACUGGAAAGAGGCAUCUGUCUCUUCCCCCCCCCCACAUCCAAGGGUGGGGAAGCCACACGGUAGGAAGGUGAUGGCUCUGAGCCCUUAGUCUCUGGAGAUGGGGGUGGAGGACAGUGAGCCCAGAAGGCAGCUCUGUGGGCCCUCCUGCCCGGCUGCUCUCUUCCGUCCGGCGGGACAAGCUAAACUCCGAGGAAAGGCAGCCAAAGCAAGCCUUGCCCAACCUCCUCUCUCGGCCGCAAGCCUAGGAACUGGGUCUGGAAACAUGCCUUGGGCGUGACUCUGUGCAUGGAAGCGCAUGUGCUCUAGCACAUGGACACGAAGUGUCUUGGAUGUGUCCAGGCUGCCCCGUGGCUUUUCAGGGGGGGCAAGAGGGCUGCAUCUCGGCUCUCUCCGGGGAUAUGAAGGACAAAGGGCCAUGCUGGGCUACAUGCGCAUGCCUGUUAUGCACACCCUUCCCUCCAAGCUGCCGUGACUGGAACGAACCACGGGCCUCUCCCCUCCCUGGGGCUGGAUUUUAAUGUAUAUAUUGUAGAAGAGUAAAGUUGCAUCUGUCCCAUUAUUAUGUUUGUACAUGUAACUAUUUAAAUAAAUGGAGCUUUUGCAGAGAAUUUGA